UUGAAACAGCUUUCUCAUCACAUAUCAAAGUUUGUCACUAAAGAUUUUAGACAUUCAAUUCAACCAUGGCUACCCUUAUUGCUCCCAGCAACCACUCUCCCCAGGCAGAUGCUGAAUCUCUCAAAAAGGCUUUUGAAGGAUGGGGAACUGAUGAGAACCUUGUCAUAUCAAUCCUGGGUCACAGAAAUGUUCAUCAGAGGCAGGCAAUCAGAAGAGCUUAUGAAGAAAUUUAUCAGGAGGAUCUUGUCAAACGCCUCGAGUCUGAGAUCAAAGGAGACUUAGAGAAAGCUGUGUACCGCUGGAAUCUGGAACACGCGGAUCGCGAUGCUGUUUUGAUCAAUGUUGUGAUCAAGAGUGGGAAAAACUACCAUGUCAUUGUGGAGAUUUCCUCUGUUCUCUCCCCUGAAGAGCUCUUUGCUGUGAGGCGCGCUUACCUCAACCGCUACAAGCACUCCCUGGAAGAAGAUGUCGCGGCUCAUACCUCUGGCCAUCUCCGCCAGCUCUUAGUGGGGUUGGUGACAUCAUUCAGGUAUGUUGGUGAAGAGAUCAAUGCGAAAUUGGCACAAAGUGAAGCUGAAAUUCUUCAUGAGGCUGUGAAAGAGAAGAAAGGAAGCCAUGAAGAAGCUAUUAGGAUCUUGACUACAAGGAGCAAGACCCAGCUGAUUGCAACUUUCAACCGCUACAGAGAGAUCCAUGGCACUUCCAUCACUAAGAAACUGUUGGAUGAAAAAUCUGAUGACUUUCAGAAGGGAUUGUACACUGCCAUUCGCUGUUUCAAUGACCAUAUUAAGUAUUAUGAGAAGGUGGUGCGCGAUGCGAUCAAAAAGUCUGGAACGGAUGAGGACGCACUGACCCGUGUGAUUGUGAGCAGGGCUGAGAAGGACUUGAAGCUUAUCUCAGAUGUUUAUUACAAAAGAAACAGUGUUCAUCUUGAGGAUGCUGUGGCCAAGGAAAUCUCUGGGGAUUACAAGAAGUUCCUCCUCACUCUGUUGGGGAAAGAGGAUUAGAAUUUUUAUUUCUCUUGAGGGCAUCUGUGAUUAUGAGUUUAAAGUACUUUUGUUUUCUGAUGUCUGAUGGUACUAUUUGUGUUUUGUUUUCUUUGUUGAGUUAUGUUUCAAUUUCCCUUGCUAUUCCCUGGUGAUAUUGGCUGUAUGAGAAAUUGAAGUUCUAUGCUACUUUGCUAUUAUUAUGAUA